AUGAUAUAUUAUCAUAAUGUGUUCCUAUCUAUCUGCAUACUCAUAAAAACUUAUCCAUCUAACCGUGUAGAUGUAAAAUCUAUCUAUCUAUCUAUCUAUCUAUCUAUCUAUCUAUCUAUCUUCCAUAUUAUCUAUCUAUCUAUCUAUCUAUCUAUCUCAUCUAUCUAUCUAUUCUUUAAUCAAACCUGCAUAAAUGAAAAACUGCUUUCCAAAUCUAUCUAUCUAUCUAUCUAUCUAUCUAUCUAUCUAUUUCUUUUUAUUACUUUUUCGUUCAAUUUCAGUAUCUAUCUAUCUAUCUAUCUAUCUAUCUAUCUAUCUAUCUAUCUAUUUAGUCUGUUUACAUCUAUUUAUUUCUCUCUAUCUAUCUAUCUAUCUAUCUAUGUAUUUUUCAUUUUUCUUAUUUUUUAUUUCAAUCUCAUUAUGUAUCUAUGCAUGUAUGUAUUUUCUUCUUUCACUCUCGGUAUAUCUAUCUAUCUAUCUAUCUAUCUAUCUAUCUAUCUAUCUAUCUAUCUAUCUCUUUCUUUUUAUUACUUUUUCGUUCAAUUUCAGUAUCUAUCUAUCUAUCUAUCUAUCUAUGUUAGUCUGUUUACAUCUAUUUAUUUAUCUCUAUAUAUCUAUCUAUCUAUCUAUGUAUUUUUCACUUUUCUUUCUUUUUUCUUUCAAUCUCAUUAUGUAUGUAUGUAUGCAUAUAUGUAUGUAUCUGUUGUUUUUCUUCAUUUCUUCUUUCACUUUCGGUAUAUCUAUCUAUCUAUCUAUCUAUCUAUCUAUCUCUUUCUUUUUAUUACUUUUUCGUUCAAUUUCAGUAUCUAUCUAUCUAUCUUAGUUUACAUCUAUUUAUCUCUCUCUCUCUCUCUAUCUAUCUAUGUAUGUAUUUUUCACUUUUCUUUCUUUUUUCUUUCAAUCUCAUCAUGUAUGUACGUAUGUAUCCAUAUAUGUAUGUAUCUGUUUUUCUUUCUUUUUUCUUUCCCUAUCUAUCUAUCUAUCUAUCUAUCUAUCUCUUUUUAUUACUUUUUCGUUCAAUUUCAGUAUCUAUCUAUCUAUCUAUCUAUCUAUCUCUUUUUAUUACUUUUUCGUUCAAUUUCAGUAUCUAUCUAUCUAUCUAUCUAUCUAUCUAUCUCUUUUUAUUACUUUUUCGUUCAAUUUCAGUAUCUAUCUAUCUAUCUCUUUUUAUUACUUUUUCGUUCAAUUUCAGUAUCUAUCUAUCUACCUCUUUUUAUUACUUUUUCGUUCAAUUUCAGUAUCUAUCUAUCUAUCUAUCUAUCUAUCUAUCUAUCUAUCUAUCUCUUUCUUUUUAUUACUUUUUCGUUCAAUUUCAGUAUCUAUCUAUCUAUCUAUCUAUCUAUCUAUCUAUCUCUUUUUAUUACUUUUUCGUUCAAUUUCAGUAUCUAUCUAUCUAUCUAUCUAUCUAUCUAUCUAUCUAUCUAUCUAUCUCUUUUUAUUACUUUUUCGUUCAAUUUCAGUAUCUAUCUAUCUAUCUAUCUAUCUAUCUAUCUAUCAUUAAUUCAUUCUUCAUUAACUUUUAAUUUUCCUUCUCUUUUACUCAUACUCUCCACCUCCUUUUUCCUUUCCAUCUCUCUCAUUUAG